UCACGUGUCUGGCACUGGCAGCUGGGCUAGGCCGGCCACCCUUCGGCAGGCGGCCCUGCGCGUCUGGCCAUGCGCUUCUGGCCGUGCGCGAACACGCGUUACGGCGUUAUGCGGCGGGGAUCGGAAGCAGAAGGCCAAGCUUUACUGACGCAGAUCGGCGGCGGAUGUUCCUGGCACAGCGGCAGGCCCUGGGCGACCAUCUUUCCAAAUUCUUGCAUCACCGCACCGCUUUCUACAACCACAUUGCAACCGUCCAGCCAUCACUAAUUGCGCCUUGGUGGUACUUGAAUUCCUGCUCUCUAUCCACAGUCCGGAUUUUUCCACUCUCCGUCGCUCCUUACCAUCCGCAACCGCACUCGGUGCAAUGUACGUCAGUCGAGCUGCCACCCGGGCAGCUCCCGCAGUCUUUAGAGCGGGCGUCAGGACCGCUGCCCGACCGUCGCGACAGCUCCCAAAGAACUUCCCUGCCAUCGCCAUCUUGAUCCCGCAUCGCGCCGUAUCCACCGAGACUUCAUCAAACCAGAGCGGCAACUUCCCGCCCCCAGGGUUCAACGCCCAGCAAGCGAAGAAGCCGUUGCCCACAGACGAGCAGUCAAAGUCACAAGAGAAAACCAAUGUAUCAAUACCAAAGAACGAAGCCACCGCGGUGCCGAAGCACGAAGCCCAAGACCUCCGGACGCUGUCGGAAUUAGGCACGGAGAAGGCAGAGCAAGCGAAGCAGGACCUAAUAGCAGCAAAGAAGGACGAAGACAAGAAAAAGCUCACACUCUGGGAGAAGGUUAAGAAGGAAGUGGCGCACUACCGAGACGGCACCAAGUUGCUGGUCACCGAGGUUAGGAUCAGCUCAAAACUGGCGCUGAAAAUGGCCGCCGGCUACGAGCUCACUCGCCGAGAGCACCGACAGCUCCAAAGAACGGUGCAGGAUCUCGGUCGCCUCGUACCCUUUUCCAUGUUCGUCAUCGUUCCGUUUGCAGAGCUUCUGCUUCCUGUAGCGUUGAAGCUCUUCCCCAACCUCCUUCCGAGCACAUACGAAGGCCAGUCCUCCAAAGACGCAAAGGCUAAGACUCUUCGGUCCACUCGGAAAGAAGUCAGCUCUUUCCUCCGCCAGACACUACAAGAGACCGGCUUGCCGGUUUCUGCAGAGAAUGCGCAGAGAGAGGAGUUCUCCGAGUUCUUCCGCAAGGUCCGUACAACUGGUGAAGCGCCAUCGACAGAAGAGAUUGUCAAGGUCUGCAAGAUCUUCAAGGACGAUCUCACUCUUGACAAUCUCUCGCGACCGCAGCUUGUGGCUAUCUGCCGCUACCUGAACUUGACUUCGUUCGGCACCGACAACUUGCUCCGCUACCAGAUCCGCGUUCGCAUGCGCCAGAUCAAGCGCGACGACCGCGCCAUCUCCUUCGAGGGCGUAAACUCUCUCUCAGUCCCCGAACUCCAAUCUGCCUGCGCAAGCCGCGGUCUCCGCACCUACGGCGUGUCGCCCGCCCGGCUACGCGAAGACCUUCAGACCUGGCUUAACCUCCGUCUCGACAGCGGCGUACCGUCUACGCUCCUUGUGCUCUCUAACGCGUUUGUCUACGCUUCGGGCAAGGAAUCCGACGCCACAUCUCAAAUCGACGCCCUACAGGCCGUCCUCUCCAGUAUCCCAGAGGAACUCUACCACGAGAUCGAGCUUGAAGUACACACCGCCGAGGGUGCCGCAACCAACAAGCAGCGUCUUGAGGUGCUCAAGGAGCAGCAAGAGCUCAUCGACGAGGAGAACGAGCAAAAUCAGGGCAAUGAGAAGCAGCUCCCCAAGGACCACGAGAACAUUGACGAAGAUGACAAGCCUAAGGAGACCGCCAAGGCGGAAGAGAGCAACGAGGCCGAAGCCAGCACCGGUGACUCCGCCACCAGCAUGGGAAGCUCCGAGCGUGCGGAGCAGGAUCAGCGUGCUACCGAGACGGCGGCUGCUGAGAAGAAGGAAAGCUCCAAGAAGGAGUGAGCGCGGAGGUCCCGACUUACACACACUUCUCUACUUUGUCUGAAUAGCUAGGCUCGCAUUGCAUUUGCCCUGUGUCAUAUUGAACCUGAGAACCCAACGUAGGGUCGUACCAUAGAAAAUGUAAAAUAGAACGUAAUCGCCUG